GGGCAAAGUCGAGCCUGGCAUGCGAGCGCCGAGCGGGACGUAGCCGCGCGCCAUGGUGUUGGACAGCUUAGCCCGCAUCAUUAAAGUGCAGCUGCCUGCCUACCUCAAGCGCCUGCCGCUGCCGGAGAGUAUCGGCGGCUUCUUCAGGCUGACAGUUUCAGAAUGGCUGCGGUUGUUGCCUUUCCUGGGUGUCCUUGCGCUGCUUGGAUACCUUGCUAUUCGCCCAUUCCUUCCCAAGAAGAAGCAACAGAAGGAUAGCUUAAUUAAUCACAAGAUCCAGAAGGAAAAUCCCAAAGUAGUGAAUGAAAUCAACAUUGAGGACCUGUGUCAUACUAAGGCAGUCUACUGCAGAUGUUGGCGCUCAAAGACAUUUCCUGCCUGUGAUGGCUCUCACAACAAGCAUAAUGAAACAACAGGAGAUAACGUGGGUCCAUUAAUACUCAAGAAGAAAGAAGUCUAGCAAACUCUUAUCUAUAUGAUGACUGAAGGGAGGUCUACUUAUACUUUUAUGUGGUACUGCUUUCAGUCUAAUAAUUGCUGUAGACUUGAGUUUGGAUAUCUUUUUAGGUUGCCUUAGAUUUAUAGACUGUGCUAUGGUCUGAAAAAAAAUCAAACCCACAUAAAUAUAAUUGCUAGACUGUGAUAACAAAAUUACAAUUCCCAGUAAUUUUAUUUAACCUGAAAUAAAAAGCUGGAUCAAUCUUGAAGGGCAUAUAUGUGUGUCUGCUCUAUUUGCAGGCAUACUUACACUACAGAUUUAAAGAAGUUUUAAAAACCAGCUUAACUGCUAUACCCUCCACCAAAGAACUCUGAGAACUGUAAUUUUUGAGGCUUUUGAGAAUUUCUUUUUCUUCUGACAUCUUUUAAUAGUUAUGAUCAUGGUCCUUUCACAAACGAAGACAGCUUUGACUUAAGCCUUAAUUAGUUUAAGAUGUCUGCAGAUGGUUAAUAAAUAGUGUUGUUUCCUGAAAUAUCAUACUACAAUUUGAAAAUUGAGUAUGUGGAGGUAGCAGCCCCUGAUAGAACUACUUGUCUCAGAGAUCCCUGGUUGAGAAUAUUUAACAAACUUGCAAACGGUUUUACAUUUCUGCUGUAGAUGACCUUGGUGCCAGUCUGUGUUCUGCUUUGCAGAAGCAAUACAGAUUGUAAAUUUAUAAUAAUGGCUAGGCUUUGAUUUGGGGGCUUUCAUACAACACAUUUAUGUUACAGUACUGGGACUUGCAGAAUAAACACAUGCUUCAAACCUGUAAAUAAUGAAACCCAAGAACAGCAUAAUCUGCUUACACUCUCCACAGUACUGCAUAGCUGUUGCCUAAAUUGGAUGAAAUGUGGUAAUGUAUUUGCAACUAAGGCUAUUGCUCACACCAAACAGAGUUCAUACCAAUGUGCCUGAAACAAAAGUAGAAUACUCUGAAAUUUGUGUGGUCCCAAGAGACCCCCCUCCCUAUGACCCCACCCCCCCAGUGCUGUUCUCGUCACCUUGGGCCUCUGCAUCCAAUUUGCCUGCAUAUUCAACACAUACUUAGCUCCAAACUCCCCGCACAAUCCUAAUAUUAAACAGUCAUAAUCUUCAUGCUGCACAGCCUUAUGUUUUGUGCUCUUUAUGCUAUGGAAAAUAUAAGUUGGCCCAAAGCAAUUGUGGUUCUAGACCCUACGCAAGAACAGGCCUGUAGUAGAAGUAUCCUUGGCUCAUAUGUUGUCUAAACAAAAGUAAAUAUCAAAGUAGAUCUCUGCCACACCUUACUCAAUGCUAUUCCCACUGUAGACAGAAUCCAGAUUUCUACUGAAGCCGUCUGCUUUGCUGGUUACCUGUUUGGGGAAGGGGUUGUUCAAUGUAUUUUGUAACUGAUCUUCUAGUCUUUCCAUUAAUUCUGUAUUUUUGAGUUGUCAUGGGAAGACUAAACUGUUCUUAGCAAUGUGUGGACAUGGUUUGUUUUCUGUAGGCUUCCUUCUAGAGGAAAAAAUAAAUUUAUGGUAUUUUUCAAAAA